UCUUUCUCAGAUGGCCAGACGUGUGCGCGUGCGCAGAUUCUAUAGAGGGCGUGUCCUCUGGUUGUCUCGGCUCUGCCCCAGCCGACCAAACUCGGAACAAAGCGAGUCUUUCACAGCAAGCACAGUAGCCUGUCGCGGCAUCGUCGUCGGUUAUGAACUGAGUGUUCCAGCCUGUUAGAGUGGUGGACCUAAAGGAAUGCUCAAUCAGUAAUUCUCAUCAAAAGACACACAUACAGAUUGGUAGCUAUAAUGGCAGAGACUCCUGACCGAGUGUUGUCCAAGGAAGACAUUCCAACUCUUGUGAACAUUCUAACUCCAGUAGCUUCGAAAUGCUCUGCACUUGGUCUGCAGUUGGGGUUGAAAGACUGGCAAAUAAAGAACAUAGAGAAAAAUAGACAUGAUUGUGAGUCACAACUGCAGGAGAUACUAGUAGAGAGACUAAACAAGGAAGAGCCUCUCUCAUGGAGGGACUUAGUCACAGCUCUUAGCUCCGACUCGGUUCGUGAACGCCGGGUGGCCCACCAGAUUGAGUCUCACUUUACGUCUCUAUCAACCCCCCACCAAGCGAGACCAAAUGUCUCUCUCCCACACUGUGACACUAGUCUGUCUUCAUCAUCAUCUCAACUUCCCUCACAGCAAAACCCACUUGAGUCUCGUCCUACCACUUCCCUU